AAAGACGCGGCAGCAAACAAACUGCGUAGCUUCCGCUCAUACUCCCCCUGCUGCAUGACCUUGUCGCAGCUCCUUCCAGGACUCCGAGAGCAUCCUGCCUCAGCAACGUGUUCGAUGACGAUAUAUCCUACCGCGAGUAGAUGCCGUCGGGGAUGGGCAAAGUUUUUGGCCGCUCGAAGAGAAGUAGCCGGCUACGAAACCCGUGUUUUACUUCGCGGAGACGGCGGGGCUUCGACUCGCCUUGUGAAUCGUGAUAUCUCGGUACGAAAACUCCUUCCCAAAGCCCCGGAUUGGUGACCACCGCUCUUGACUGUUAGGCCACUUGGCGGUGGUCAUUGUCCUUGGAAUUUCGAAUCGCCUAACUACCACCUACAUGAACCUACAUGAAGAAUUGCUGGCGCACACAGCUUGAGAAUCUAUCCGAUCUGUAGGGCCUG